CAGUUGGUUAUAGAAGAUGUGGACAUGUCUGAUUUGGAAGUAAGAAUCGCAGAGACUGAGUUCCUCGAUAUCAACAACAGCAUUAGGAUGCACAACCUCCUGGCCUACGUGAGACACCUGAAAGGCCAGAAAGAGGAGGCCCUGCAGAGCUUGAGAGAAGCUGAAGCCUUGGUCCAGAGAGAGCAGUUGUGCAGGAGAAGCCUGGUGACCUGGGGCAACUGUGCCUGGGUGCAUCACCACAGGGGCAGCUUGGCCGAAGCCCAGAUCUACCUGGACAAGGUGGAGAAUGUCUGCACGGAAUUUUCAAGUCCCUUUCAAUACAGAAUGGAGUGUGCUGAGAUGGACUGUGAGGAAGGCUGGGCCUUGGUGAAGUGUGGGAAAAAAUAUUAUUAACAAGUCCUGGGCUGCUUUGCAAAGGCUCUGGAAGUGGAUCCUGAAAACCCUGAGUACAACACAGGCUAUGCAGUGGUAGCCUAUCGCCGGGAUCACCAUGAUGGCACUUCUCUAGAACCUUUGAGGACUGCUGCCAGGUUAAAUCCAGGAGAUGCAUACAUAAAAGUUCUCCUUGCCCUAAAGCUUCAGGAUUUAGGCCAAGCCGAUGAAGCAGAAAGACACAUUGAGGAAACUCUGCCCAGAAUAUUCUCUCAGACCUAUCUCUUUGUAUAUGUAGGCAAAUUUUACAGAAGGAAAGGUUUUGUGGAAGAAGCUUUAAACUUCCUUGAGAGAGACUUGAAGACACAUCCUUUUUGCAGCUUUUUUCACUUCCAGAUUGGUCUUUGCCAUAAGAAACGACUGAUUCAAAUAAAGAAAGCCACAAACAUGAAACCUAUAGGGGAGGAUAGAGAAAGAGCAGACCAAUGCAUUGAUUCUGCUAUAUAUUAUUUUAAAAAGACUUUAGAACUGAAACCCACAUAUGAGAUAGUUUAUGUUAAUCUGGCUGAAACGUACUUAGAGAGUGAUCAACUAAAAGACGCAGAGGACAAUUUUCAAAAAGUGUUAAGCAUGACUAACUUGGAAGAUCAUAUGCAGCAAGGGAUUCACUUACAGUAUGGCAACUUCCAACAAUUCCGUAAGAAAUCAGAAGAGACAACAAUCACACAUUACUUAAAAGGCUUGAAAAUACAGGUGACUUCUCACUCCAGGAAUAAACUUCUCAAGGCUUUGGAGAAGCUGGCUAAAAGACGCAUUGACCAGAAUGUUGAUGUCGUGGGAAGCUUGAGCCUCCUCGGGUUUGUCUAUAGACUGAAAGGGGACACAAGUGAAGCCAUGUCAUGCUAUGAGAAGGCCCUCAGGCUCACAGGAGCAGUGAGCACUGAGUUUUGAGGUAGAGCUUAUUAA